GUCGAUAUCUACACCCCACACCCCACCUCCAAACAACCGGCCUAGACAUGGCCACUGCCCUCCGGUCCCUGGCAGAGACAGACGUCCGCAACCCCAUCCCGGCCUCGGUCCUCCUGGCCGCCCUGCAGACCCCGCCCUUCGUGGUGGUCCCCGGCACGUUCAACACCCGCGACCUGGGCCUGCUCAUAGCCGGCGACGACGGCCAUGGGCCACCUGCUGCCGGCGCCAGCAUCCGCCCUGGCUUCAUCUUCCGCACCGGCGGCCUGGAGGCCCUGGCCCGCUCCGCCGACGGCCAGGCCGUCCUGCGUGACACCCUGCGCAUCAGGCGCAUCUUUGAUCUGCGGUCGCGCGAGGAGCACGCAAAGUCCCCGGACCCGGCCCUCGACGGCAUCGAGGGCGUCUGGCUCGGCGACGGCGUCGACGGCGCCGAGGACAACCCCAUGUUGAAUGUCGGCUUGUUUGCCGACGGCGACGGCGAGAAGGGCUAUGCCCACAUGUACAUGGACGUCCUGGACAAGUACCGCGCCAGCUUCCGAGAGGUCCUGACCAGCGUGAGGGAUCGCCCCGCCGACCCCAUCAUGUUCCACUGCACAGCCGGCAGGGAUCGCACCGGCGUUCUGGCAGGCUUGCUCGAGACUCUGGCCGGCUAUGACCCCCAGACGGUACAGACCGACUUCUUGCUCUCGCGCAUCGGGACUGAGGUGGCACGCGAACACCUGCUCGCGUUCGCCGUCAAGUACAGCCAAGGCGCCGAGGGGGGUGACGACGGGUCGGGCGCCUUUGACGAGGUUCCUGGUUUCUACAACCUGGUCAGCCUGAAGGGUGCUUGCUGGGACGCUUUUGCAGAGGCUGUCAGGAGCCAGUAUGGCGGCUUUGAAGGGUAUGCCACCAAGGAGCUGGGCUUUUCAAAGCAUGACUUGGCGACUAUCAAGAAAAACUUGAACGAGGCCCCAGCAUAGCUGAAGGCUCUUUCUUUGGGCAUCGGCUGGCCCGCUGACGCUCAUGUGUUGACGCGGCUUACCUGAGAGCCAGGCCGGCAUCCUCCCUCGGUCAGUGUCAUCACUCUCUUCCGGACCAGGAUGGCGAAGGCCUGUGGGCUGGGCAGAGCUUCACAUGUCCACCGAUAAAUUCAAUAGAUUC